CAGGCCUGAUAGUUUGUAAGCUGGAGAUGGAAUUAGAGAGAGAGAGAGAGAGUGUGUGUGAGUUUGGGGGCGGUCUCCUCAUCAGUACGAAAGGGUUUUACUUGUUUGUUGCUUUUCUACACACUUCUCCUGAGCUUGUCACAGGGUUUUCAAUUUAGGGUUCGUGGGCGUUUGGGGGGCAGAAAUUUGCAGCAGAGUUGUCAGAGGUCCAGCAAUGGAGGUGAUAACGGAAGGAGUCAAUAACUUAACCGUCGCCGAUUCAGCUGCUCCAGGAUACCAGAGGAACAGAAUCCAAGUUUCCAACACCAAGAAGCCUCUCUUUUUCUACGUCAAUCUCGCCAAGAGGUAUAUGCAGCAGUUCAACCAAGUGGAGCUUUCUGCUCUUGGGAUGGCUAUAGCCACUGUUGUUACUGUUGCCGAGAUCUUGAAGAACAAUGGAUUUGCAGUCGAGAAGCGAAUCACAACUUCGACUAUUGACAUGAGGGAGGAUGCUGCAGCUCGUCCGAUUCCGAAACCAAAGAUUGAAAUCAUGCUGGGAAAGUCUGAGAAGUUUGAUGAGUUGAUUGCUGCUGUUAAAGAAGAAGAAGAAGAAGAGGAGAACUCAGCUUAGUCCAAAUGGAUCUGUUUUCCUUGGCUUCCUUGUGGAUGAAGCUUCAACUUUGUGUCCUAGUUGCUAAGACAAAGUUAAAUUCCUUGACGUAGUAUUUUCUCUGGUAGAAACAUUGGGCUAAUGCUGUUGAAUGUCGAAAAUGGUAGCUAUUCGAAACAACAAUUUCUCUUUCCAUUCCCUCGAACAAAAGUUAGUUAAAACAAUGACCAUGUGCUUGUUUUUCUAACCUUCCAAAAACGAAGGCUCACUGAACUAAAAGCCUGGAAACAAA